AUGGCCAUGACCUUGUUAGAUGCAUCAUUAUCAUCUCCUCCUUCGACAGAACCACCCACAAAGAAACAGUCUAAAAAUUUGAAUGUGGCCGUUAACAAUCAGCAGAAUUCCAAUCAGUUGUUGCAGUGUCAAACCUGCUUCGAUCGCAUUCCAUUCCACCAAGCAGCACACAGCCAACUGCAACAAACACAUAACGAACACAAACAACACCAAAAAUACCAUCUUCAACAACUACAACUUCAACAACUACAACUUCAACAACAUCAGCAACAGCAACAUUGUACAUGUCACAUACAUAACAUUGUACAAAUGAAACAUUUGCAGCCACAUUCAGAACAUAGCUGCACACAACACUUGUCAACCAUUCCAUUUUUACAAGAACAACAACUGUUUCAUCGCCAUGAAAUCGAUCAAAGCUUCGGUGGUUACGAUAACGACCACGAAUCAGAUUCCAACAACGUCGACAACUUCACAAACGCUAGUAAUGUGAAUGCCAAACAAAAUGAUGGAAAUGUUGAGUGGAGUUCGCUGCUGCUCGAUGAAACGUGCUUUUGUAACAGUUGUCAUGAUUCGACUCAUCCGACGCAAACACUGAAAUCAUGUUGGUGUGGAAAAAAUAAAUGCAACAAGCUUGUUGACAUGUUGCUUCGAUCGAAUUCCAACAUUUUUCCCAACAGCAACAAGUCGUCGGCGUCAACCAGCAACGUCAACAAAGAUUAUCCCCAUCCUUAUUUGCCGCUGAAACAAGAACCUCUUUGCUGCUGUGAAAUGCUAAACACAACUAGAGAAACAUUUUCAUUUUUUGACAAAUAA